AUGCUGAUGGAGAUCUGCUACAGUAACGGGCUGGACUGUGACCUUUCCCAGCAGUAUCCUCCCCCCUUGCUGCCAAAACCGGGCAAAGACAACGCGAGGCUUCAGAAACUCAAGAAGAAGAGGGCUAAGAAAAAGGGCAGCCUCUCGCAGACCCCCAUCCCCUUCCGAUCCUGCCUGUCGCCUGUCAAUGAGGCCAGCACGGACCUCGAGCACAGCGACCAGCCCAGCCCUCCCAAGACACCGGACUCUGUCUACGUCGCAGACUCCUCCGGAUCCAGUUUCCCCUAUGGCUCCUUCUACGAUCCCUCUGGAUCUGCAUUCCCCUCACUUCAGACCAGCCCCCAUGGACAAAGCGGAGGUCCACCAUCUCAGCCCCACGCGCCUCAUUUCAGUACCUUUGGAGAGCAGGUGGCUCCUCUGUACGAGUGCUCCUCUUUCUUAUUCGAUGAUGUGUCUCCUUUCGCGAUGCCACCUUUAACAUCGGCCCCCUCGGCAGUGGCAGAGAAAGUUCCAGCACAAUGCCUUCCCCCUGCUUUCAAACUAAACAUGACAUCGAAUUCCCAGGGGUCAGUCACAACAGACUCUCCGGUUGCUAUGUUGCAGACCAGCCCUAAAAUAUCUACUCACAGCUUGACCCUAUCCUCUGUCAACCCUAACUGUGGCCCGACACCUUCUCAAGUUACAGAACCACCUCCGGUUCCAGUGCUACUAUCACUUUCAAGUACCCAUGCACAGCCUUUUAAUCCCAGCCAGAGGGAGACAAACACUGAUUUAAAGGACAGCCCCCCGAGCCAAACAUCGUCCUGGACCGCCAGACCCAGCAGCAAUGGCAGCUGUGCCCUUCGCCAGAUGUCCUCUGAGAUAACGGCCUCCAAAAUAUCCCUCGUCGAAGCAGCGAAAGAGACGAGGGCAGAGGCCAAACAGGCUAAGAUUUACACGUCACGGGCGACGUUUUGUGAGAUAUCCAAACCCUUCUCGGCCCAGGACCUGACAGUAGUAGACCCCGCUUAUCGAGGAUCCUCACUAUCGUCAACGUAUAGGGAGAAAACAGGGAUAUCAGUGAUCAGCACCGAUCAGAAACUAUCUUUAACUAGAACCCCGAGUGGGCGACCUCAAACUCCAGCUUAUACAAAAAAUGGAAUAUCCACGCCUGUGUUUGAACUGUCAAAACCCAACCCAUUUUUGUUUGCCGAAACCCCCGUCUUCAACUCCUCCCACGACUUCCAAAAACCUGCUUCCCUGACGGAGCUGCCGACACCCAAACUGGCAGGUCAAAGCAGCACUGCCACAGAGGAGUGGACGCAGGCUGCUUUUGAUCACGCAGCUUCCAGCAAACAUAUAAACUAUUAUCAAGAGAGAGAGAUUCCCAACACGAGAAGGAGCACCAUAAACCUGAGCCUGUCAAACCCUGAGCCGGGCUUGGAGAACACGACUGGGUAUGACUUCCCUGUGCUCAAGCCUACCGACCCUAAAGCGAGAGCAGAGAUCUCAGAAGGCAAAGCCUCAUCUUUGCCAAAGGUUCCCUCAUUCUUUUCCGCACCAAAGACCUUCAACCCAGCCCCGGUGAUCACAAUGCAAGCACCGCUGAGCCCGAGGCCGGUUUUCCCCGGCCACCGACCCCCAGUGCUGGAGGCACGCAAGUCCCUGACGUGUCUUUUGGAGUCUCAGAUGUCAUUAGCAACCUCCAAGCCCAAAUCCCGGUCCACAUAUUAUGGGCUCACUCCAGCUGAGUAUGUUGCUUUUGGAGGAAUUAGAUCUACAGCAUCCCACCACAGCCCUCUGCCCCCCCGCAUUGAUGAGAUGCCCCCAGACAAAAGCCCCCUAGAACAUGAGGAGCACCUAAACGGACAUGAGGAUCUGCCCCCUCCAGCUCACAGCACACAACCAUCAAUUAACCAUUCGGGAUUAUCUGAGGAACAGAUUGUCACAAAUACUAAAGAUGACUUUGAGGAAAGUCUGUCCGAAGCUCAAAGUAUUGGAAUAGAGUCGCUCAAAACAUCUAAUGUGGACACAAUGAAACCCGAGAUUCCCUCUGGUUUGGCACAGAAAACAAUUCAACAAACCACAAGUGAUGUACCAACACCCAAAGCCUCGUACUCUGAGGCUCCUAUACCAGUACCUAAAGCAGGGCGGCAUGGAGCUUUUGAGACAAGCCAGCAAGAAACUGAACAGUCGAGCAAACUCAGUUUGGGAGCAAGUGCUCAGAGAGUUACAGCCAAUGAGAGCAAUGGCCCCAACAGGCUUCUCAAAGAGGCCUUGGGUUCGAUCGCCAGAGACGACCCGGCAUGA